AUGGCGUGCGUCGGACCGCGUAUCACCGUCCUCGCAUCUCGCCUCGCCUUCCGCGGCGCGUUUUCAUCCCCGUCCCUCACCCGCGCGCUCACCUCUCCCAUCGCGAUGCCCCCCAAGGCGUCCGCGGCCGGCAAGACGACGCAGCAGGGCCUGGGCGCGUUUCUUCAGAAGGGGGUCAAGAUGGUGGACCACAUCAAGGUCGACGUGCCCAAGGCUUCCGCGGAGAACGGCGAUAAGACCGCGGCCGGCACCCGGACAUCGGGGCGUAAGCGCACGACCAAGGCGGAGGCGGACGCCAAGGCCGCCGCCAAGGCUGCCAAGAAGCCCAAGAAGGCGGGCCCUUCCCGCGACGCCGAGCGUCGAUGCUGGAGCGCGGGUAAAAAAAUCGUCUGCGGCGUCGACGAGGCGGGGCGCGGGCCGCUCGCGGGGCCCGUCGUCGCCGCCGCGUGCGUGUUCCCGGAGGACCUGGUCAUCGACGCCAUCAACGACAGCAAGCAGAUGACCGAGGAGGAACGCGAGGAGGUUUACGAGGAGCUCAUGGCGAACGAUCAGGUCAUCAAGUCCGUCUGCGUCAUCGAUCACGAACGCAUCGACGAGAUCAACAUCCUGGAGGCGACGAUGCAGGCGAUGGCCAAAUCGGUGGAGGGGCUGUCCACGCGCGCCGACUGGGUCCUCAUCGACGGUAACCGAGUUCCCCCGCCCUUAAUCGAUCGAGCGGAGGCCAUCGUCAAGGGCGACGCGAAGAGCGUGUGCAUCGCCGCCGCGUCCGUGCUGGCCAAGGUGACGCGCGAUCGGAUGAUGGUGAAGAUUCACGACGAGUACCCCGUGUACGGCUUCGACCAACACAAGGGGUACGGGGUCAAGGCGCACAUGGACGCGAUCCACAAGCACGGACCGUGUCCCUAUCACAGGAAGACGUUCGCGCCCAUGAAGUACAUGCCGGGAGGCAGCGCCUACGACGGCGCCUGACACCCUACAGUAGCUAGUCCGUCAUUUGGAAACUUUCACCUUCGCUGUCUGUCUGUC